AUGUAAUAAACUGUCUCACUUAUUGCUGGAAUGACUAAGGUCUUUAAUUCUGCUAAUAUUAAAUAAUAGAAUUCAGCAGAUGUCUGUAAAUCGGAAAAAGAGAGCUCUAAAGCUGGAAAAUAAGGUAAGAAUCACAUCUAAGAAUUAACAAACCAAAAUAGUUUUAAAGAAAAUGGCAAGGAAAAUGUUCUGAUUCAGAGCCAACUUUCAAGGAAAUGA